GGUUGGACAAGAUAUUGAGGAAGGGGAGGGGGGAGAAUUACAUUACAAAGGAAAAUAAAUUGAGGAAAUAGGGAGUGACGUUCUCACUGUUGUGGGGAAGUGGAAAUCGGUGGGCUCUGUCGCUUUUUUCUUUCUGGCAUAUACACAAACACAUAUCAGAAAAUGGCUAGCUUGGUGGAGAGGCUUCGUGUGCGGUCAGAUAGAAGACCUAUUUACAAUUUAGAUGAGUCUGAUGAUGAAGCUGAUAUGAAACCUGGAAAAUCUCGCUCUAAGAAGGAGGACAUCGAGAAAAUUGUUCGAUCUGAUGUGAAAAAGGAGUCUUGUCAAGCUUGUGGAGGUGAUAGUAAUCUUUUGUACUGUGAAACGUGUAAUUACGCUUACCACCCCAAGUGUUUAGUUCCACCACUAAAGGCUCCUCUCCCAAGCAGCUGGAGGUGCCCUGAAUGUGUGAGUCCCCUGAAUGAUAUUGACAAGAUAUUGGACUGUGAAACACGCCCUACUGUUGCUGAUGAUAAGGAUGCUUCCAAGCUAGGGUCGAAGCAAGUAUUUGUCAAACAGUACCUUGUUAAGUGGAAAGGAUUGUCUUAUCUUCACUGCACUUGGGUGCCAGAGAAAGAGUUUGUAAAAGCUUACAAAGCAUAUCCCCGUUUAAAGACUAAAGUGAAUAACUUCCAUCGCCAAAUGUCAUCAAUGACUAACUCUGAAGAUGAAUACGUUGCUAUCCGACCUGAGUGGACUACAGUUGAUCGAAUUCUUGCUCGCAGGGGAGAUGGUGAAGAAAAGGAGUAUCUUGUAAAGUGGAAGGAACUUCCGUAUGAUGAGUGCUACUGGGAAUUUGAAUCAGACAUUUCUUCUUUUCUGCACGAAAUUGAAAGAUAUCAUACAGUUCAGUCUAGACGUAAAAAAUCUUCAAGUAAACAAAAGGGUGUGGCUACAGAGACAACAGAAUCUAACAAGAAGUCCAAAGAAUUUCAACAGUAUGAAAGCAGUCCUGAAUUUCUUUCUGGAGGUUCACUCCACCCAUACCAGCUUGAAGGGCUGAAUUUCCUGCGUUUUGCUUGGUCAAAACAGACGCAUGUCAUACUGGCUGAUGAAAUGGGGCUAGGCAAAACAAUACAGAGUAUUGCAUUUUUAGCCUCCCUUUUUAAAGAGAAUCUCUCUCCACAUUUAGUAGUAGCACCUCUUUCGACAUUGAGAAAUUGGGAGCGUGAGUUUGCCACUUGGGCUCCUCAAAUGAAUGUGGUUAUGUAUGUCGGAGGUGCACAAGCUCGGACUAUUAUUAGAGAAUAUGAAUUUUUCUUCCCCAAAAAUCUUAAGAAGACCAAGAAAAAGAAAUCUGGUCAAAUUGUUGGUGAAAGCAAGCAAGAUAGGAUUAAAUUUGAUGUCCUCCUGACUUCAUAUGAAAUGAUCAUCAUGGAUAGUGCCUCUCUGAAGCCAAUAAAGUGGGAGUGCAUGAUUGUUGAUGAAGGUCAUCGUCUCAAGAACAAGGAUUCCAAGUUGUUUUCAUCUUUGAAGCAGUACUCUACUAGGCAUCGUGUUCUUUUGACUGGAACUCCUCUUCAGAACAAUCUGGAUGAACUUUUCAUGCUGAUGCACUUCCUUGAUGCUGGGAAGUUCGGAAGCUUGGAGGAAUUCCAGCAGGAGUUUGAGGACAUUAGUCAGGAGGAGCAGGUUUCAAGACUUCAUAAAAUGCUGGCACCUCAUCUGCUCAGAAGAGUCAAGAAAGAUGUCAUGACAGAGCUGCCUCCUAAAAAGGAACUCAUUUUACGUGUGGAAUUGAGUAGCAAACAGAAAGAGUAUUACAAAGCUAUUCUGACGCGUAACUUCCAGAUACUGACUCGCAAGGGAGGUGCUCAGAUUUCACUGAUAAAUGUGGUGAUGGAGCUGCGCAAGCUCUGCUGUCAUCCAUUUAUGUUAGAAGGUGUUGAGCCAGAGGACACUAAUGAGUUUAACAAACAGCUGCUGGAAUCUUCUGGAAAAUUACAACUUUUGGACAAGAUGAUGGUUAGGCUUAAAGAACAAGGUCACAGAGUUCUUAUAUAUUCUCAAUUUCAGCAUAUGCUUGAUUUGCUAGAAGACUACUGUAAUUAUAGGAAAUGGCAAUAUGAACGGAUUGAUGGAAAAGUUGGUGGAGCUGAGAGACAAAUCCGAAUUGAUCGAUUUAAUGCUAAGAAUUCUUCAAGAUUUUGUUUCCUGCUUUCAACUAGGGCAGGGGGUUUAGGAAUAAACCUUGCAACUGCAGAUACAGUAAUUAUUUAUGACAGUGACUGGAAUCCCCAUGCUGACUUACAAGCAAUGGCUAGAGCUCAUCGACUUGGACAAACAAAUAAGGUGAUGAUCUUCCGCCUCAUAUCAAGAGGAACUAUUGAAGAAAGAAUGAUGCAGAUGACUAAGAAGAAAAUGAUUUUAGAACAUCUCGUUGUCGGAAGGCUUAAAGCUCAAAACAUCAAUCAGGAAGAAUUGGAUGACAUCAUAAGGUAUGGAUCGAAAGAAUUAUUUGCUGAUGACAAUGACGAGGCUGGAAAAUCCCGUCAAAUUCAUUAUGAUGAUGCUGCAAUAGAUAGACUACUUGAUCGUGAGCAAGUUAGAGAUGAGGAUACUGCAGUGAAUGAUGAAGAGGAUGAUUCAUUUCUGAAGGCUUUUAAGGUAGCUAAUUUUGAAUACGUUGAAGAAGCAGAAGCAACAGCAGAAGAGGAAGCACCAACAGCCCCUGUGGAGAAUAAAGCAACUGUAAACAAUUCUGAGAGAGCAACUUAUUGGGAAGAAUUGCUACGAGAUAAAUAUGAAGUACAUCAAGUUGAAGAGUUCAAUGCUAUGGGGAAGGGAAAGAGGAGUCGUAAGCAGAUGGUGUCUGUUGAAGAUGAUGAUCUUGCUGGUCUGGAAGAUGUGAGCACCGAUGGAGAGGAUGACAAUUAUGAAGCCGAAGCCGAUUCGAGUGAUGGUGAGACGGCUUCAUCAGGAGCGCCAGUUGUGAGAAAAGCUCCCAAAAAGAAAGCCCGCGUUGAUUCUGUUGGACCACUCCCUUUGAUGGAAGGAGAAGGAAGAUCAUUUAGAGUACUGGGGUUCAAUCAAAGCCAAAGGGCUGCAUUUGUCCAAAUUUUGAUGAGAUUUGGGAUCGGUGAGUUUGACUGGGCGGAAUUCACUCCACGAUUGAAGCAGAAAACUUAUGAAGAAAUUAAAGAUUACGGAGCUCUCUUUUUGUCACACAUAGCAGAAGAUAUUACUGACUCACCAACGUUUUCAGAUGGUGUUCCAAAAGAAGGACUUAGAAUACAAGAUGUGCUUGUUAGGAUAGCUGUCUUGCUUCUUAUAAGGGACAAGGUGAAGGCUUUCUCAGAAAAGACAGGUGGCUCUCUUUUUGCUGGGGAUAUUGUGUCUCGUUUCCCUGGAUUGAAAGGUGGAAAACUUUGGAAGGAAGAGCAUGAUCUGUUGCUUCUACGAGCAGUGCUAAAGCAUGGCUAUGGAAGAUGGCAGGCAAUUGUUGAUGACAAGGAGUUGAGGAUUCAAGAGAUCAUCUGUAAAGAGCUCAAUCUUCCCUUCAUAAAUUUACCCGUUCCCGGAGCUUCUCAGCCACAAGUUCCUCCUACUCCAGGACCUUCCCAAGAACUGCCAGCUUCAGGAGUGUCCCAAGCACAAGCUAAUGUUCCUGGAGCUUCUCAAGCACCACAUGGUGUAAAUACAGCUAGUGCUAGAUCUGCUGGAGGUCAGGUGAAAGCUACUGGUGAUGGGAAUACCUAUGGAGCUGAACUUUCAUAUGGGACAAGUGAUCCUUCCAACAGACCACAAGUUUACCAAGAUUCCUCUUCAUCCUAUCAUUUUAGAGAGAUGCAGAGAAGACAAGUUGAAUUCAUAAAGAAAAGGGUGCUGCUGCUUGAAAAGGGCCUUAAUGCAGAAUAUCAAAAAGAAGUCUUCGGUGAUGAAAAAUCUCAUGAACUGCCCAACGAAGAGAUGGUGUGUGAUACCAAGGUUACGGAUGAACCGAAUCGAAAUGUUGAAGAAGCCAAUACUGAAAUGAUUGAUCAUUUCCCAAGACUUGUAGCAAUUUCUCCACAAGGAAUCUCUCAAGUUGCUUGUGAUGGUAAACCGGAUCGCUUAGGUGUUGCAGAGCUUUAUAACAAGAUGUGCCAGGUACUUUCUGGACGUGUCCAAGAUUCAGUUAAUGAGGGUCACCCUACUUCAGGGAUGGGAAAGAACAUACUUCCGUUGGAAGUGAUUUGUCAACAGAUGAACCAAAUUCUUUCUUCUCCACAUCAAAAUACUCCCAACUUUGAGAGGAAACUGGUUCAAGAAGAUCAGAAUUCUGAAGCUAGUAAAUCUACUUAUCCAGUUCCCUCAUCUCAAGUAGAUGAUAGGGUGCUCAAUGCUGAGAAAGAACAUGGAAGUCUUCCAAAAAAGUCAGAAUCUGAAUCCAAGAGUGCUAGCAGCUGUACAGCAGCAAGCAUGACUGAGAGCCAUGAGCACCACAAUGUUACUCCUGCCAAGAUUUCGGUGACUAGACCUAGUAGUUUAUCAACUGGAGAAGCUGAUACAGAAAUGGUGGAUCAUACUGAUAUUUCCACCUCCAAUGUUUGACAGAACAGAAGAUUAAGUUCUGAGGUGGUUUGUAUAGAUGAAGAUUAAAAGCGGAUCUAGGUAGGUACUUUUGUCGGGCAGCUAACAUACACACUGUUAUAACAAUGACAGAGCGACACUUUUCCUUUUCCAAGUUCCUAAGUGGGUUGUUGGGGGAGGAACCCCUGUGUGCUGUAAUCUAUUCUCUCUAAUAUCGCAUGUCUUAAUGGGCAUGUUGUAAAAUGAGAAUAAACAGUCAUGCUUCAGCAUUCUAGUCUUAAUCACAAGUUCUACCUAGUCAUUCUCAGCAUAAUUGUAGUUGAAUGAAUUUUGCUGGGUAUUCUUGAAAGGAAGUCUAUUUCCGUCAAUUUAAUAUGAUGAAAAUCUAUUAGUAGUUUAGUCUUUGGCCUAAAUUCCCUUGGUGAAAAUAGAUGUUCUAUGUACUUGUGAAGCUUGGCAAAGCUGCGGAUUCCUCUUGUUCACUUGUAUCGACUUCCUUUUGUUAUAGUAAUAAUUGAAAGUUUAUAAUGAUAA